AUGGUGAGAACAGGAGAUUGGCGAGCAGCGGGGUCGCGGGUCGCAGCGGUGGUGGUGAGCAGUGGCGUCGAGGCGAGCUCGCGGGUGCAGAGGCGCGGCGGCGUUAGUUGCUGCAGAGGCGGAGUUGCGCUGGCUGAGGCGCGGGGAGAGAAGAAGAUGAGGGAGCAUGGUUUUCAGUCCUAUGUGACCCAAGAAAAUCUUUUCUUGGGUACUCCCACUGUCAAAGAGACAAUAGCCUUCACAGCUCAUCUGAGGCUUUCUUCCAAAAUGACGAAAGCUGAGAUCGACGAGGUGGUAGAAGCAAACAUAAAGGAGAUGGGACUUGGAGACUGCGCAGAGAACAAGAUUGGUAACUGGCACUUGAGGGGCAUAAGCAAUGGAGAAAAGAAAAGACUCAGCAUCAGUCUUGAAAUGGUGACAGACCCACUGAUCUUGCUCCUUGAUGAGCCUACCACAGGCUUAGACAGUGCCUCGGCUUUUUUCGUGGCAAGAGCUCUAAGAAAUAUUGCAGAUGAAGAAAGAAUAGUUAUUUGCUCAAUCCACCAGCCCAGUAGUGAAGUUUUCAAUCUUUUUGAUGAUUUACUCCUUUCGAGUGGAGAAACUGUGUUUCUAGGAGAAGCCAAAAUGGCCAUUGAGUUCUUUGCAGAUGCUGGAUUUGCUUGUCCGAGGAGGAGAAAUCUAGCUGAUCACUUUCUGCGGUGCAUUAGCUUGGACUUCAAUUCUGUAACUGCUACUAUUGCUUUCUCAUAGAAAUUAUGUUGACAAACUCCGGCAUCAUCUGGUUUUUCAAUGAACAUGAAAACAGCAGAGAUUAAAGCCGCACUCAUCCAAAGUUAUAAAUCCUCAAAGUAUUCAUGCAAAGUUAGGAAAAAAAUGCAAGAAAUUGCAGCUACUGAGAAAUCUCGGCGGCGUAUGACAUCCUUUUCUUGUCUAUCUCAGGUAUUUUAUGUCGAGAGACUCAAUGGGCAUUAUGGCGAGACCCUGUUUGUGCUUGCGAAUUUCCUUUCUUCACUCCCUUUCUCGGUGGCGAAUUCUCUGCUUUCAGGAACAAUGAUAUUCUACAUGGUGAAGCUUCAUCCAGGAUUCUCUCACUAUGGUUAUUUUUGCAUUAACUUCUUUUGCUGCACCACCAUUAUUGAGAGCUGCAUGAUGGUUGUGAACUUAUGUGUCCCCAACGCCUCAAUGGCUGUAGUAACUGGAGUUAGUGUCAACGUUCUAAUGAUGAUGGCAUCACAGAUCUUUAGACUUCUUGCUGAUCUUCCCAAGUUCUUUUGGCGUUACCCUAUGUCCUACAUCAGUUUUGCCAAGUGGGCAGUUGACGGUCAAUACAAGAAUGUCAUGACCGGUCUUGAGUUUGAUUCAGCAGAGCCAGGAGAACCAAAACUGAAAGGCGAGAUGAUCCUCAAAACGACUUUCGGCAUAUCACUGGAUCAUUCCAAGUGGUGGGAUGUAGCUGUGCUUCUGUUUCAACUGUUUGUUUACAAAGUACUACUCUUGUUAGUGCUUAGGUACAAGAAGAGAAUAGCGCCCCAGUUACGGUUGUCGUCACAAGUGUUACUCAAGGAGGUGUCUUGA